AUGGCGUCAUUCGACCACAUCCGAGACAUUCUCGGCCAGCUCCCUCUUCUGCAGAGCUAUACCCACAUCCUGCUGACUUUUUCUUUGAAAGCGGAAGAUCGCCCGGCGACUCUUGAGGCUCUCGAAGUCGCUGCCCGCCAGCUGGUCACGAUCGUCCCCUUUCUGGCUGGAAAGGUCGUAAACCAAGGCCGCGUCGUUGGGAACUCUGGCGUGUACACGGUGGCGCCACAUGAGCCAUGGACAGCCCCCGAGCAUCGCAUCGUACAUGUCCAAGAUCAUUCGGAUAAGCUGCCUUCUUACGAGGCCAUGCUUGCCGCCAGUGGUCCGACCACCAUGUUUCCCGGGUCUCUGCUCGCCACUCGUCGGGCCUUUCCCGAACGCUACGUCGAAAGCGACGAGGAUCCCGCUCCGGUCAUCGAGAUCCAGGCCAACCUGGUGGAGGGCGGACUGCUGCUCAAUAUCGCGGCUCAGCACAACAUCAUCGACGGCAACGGUAUUUUCCAGGUCGCCAAUCUCCUGUCCACCCUCUUCAGACACGAAACCAUCCACCCGCUCGAGCUCGACGAGGCCAACCGCGAUCGCCGCGUGCUCAUCCCGCUGCUGGGACCCGAUGAGCCUCUUCUGGACCACAGCGAGCUGAGACCUCCUGCCAUGCGUCCCAUGAUCUUCCCGUCGCUCGCGAAUUUCCAAUGGGCCUGCUUUCGCUUCCCCCCGGUCUCAUCGACCACCAUCCUCACCGAGGCCAACAGCCGCCCAGCGGAUUUCCCCCCUGGUAUCACGAGCGUCUCAGUCAACGACGCAUGGACCGCCUUCCUGUGGCAGCGCCUGACCAUCAUCCGCCUCGCCCAGGGCGACAACUACACCCCAGAGACAAUCAGCAACCUGAACCGCGCACUCGACAUGCGUCGCGUCCUGGGCAUCUCGCCCGCCUACUUAGGCCACAUGGUCCGCGUCGUGCACACGCGUCUCCCAAUGGCCGAGCUCGCCAGCUCAUCUCUGUCCAAACUCGCCGGUCUCGUCCGCCACCGCGUUGUUGAUGAAAACACGCUCUACGCCGCGCGCAGCUACGCCACCUUCCUCGCGAACGAGCCUAACAAGGAAAACAUCGCGUACGGCGGCGCGUUCAACCCGCGCACCGAUCUCUCCUGCUCGAGUAUGGCCCACGUGCAGGCGCCCAAGUUCGGCCCGCUUGGUAAGCCCGAUAUGCAUCGUAGGCCGACCUUUGGACCCUUGCCUUCCGUGGGCUAUAUUGCUGGUGAGGGAAAAGGGGGCUGUUUGGGAGUCACGCUUUGUUUGCAAGAGGGAGAGAUGAUGUUGCUCCGACAGGAUGAGAGAUGGGGAGAGCUGGUCGAGUAUGUCGGUUGA